AUAACAGUCGACGAUUCGUUUAACGAACGAACGAACUAACAGCGGUAAAUACCGAAUGAAUCAGUAUGCAUUUAGCUUUCGUUUCAACAGCAUCUCGUACAACGACCAACGGUUAAAAGGGCCAACUACUACCAAAUUACGCAUAUUAAUUCUUUGAUUCGAAGAUGCCGACCAACAGAGCUUUGCAUAAUAAAGCCAAAAAGAGAGUUACUAUAACUAUUGCGCUUAAACAUCAAAUCGUUGAAAAGCAUAAGCAAGGACUGAGCGUAACAAAUCUUGGUCGCGCCUUCAAACUAUCAAAAUCCACUAUUUCCACCAUACUCAAGAAUGCGGACAAGCUGAAGCACAUCAAUGCUUCAAAAGGGGUUUCCAGAAUAUCUUCGCAACGUCCACGUAUGCUUGAUGAUGUGGAAAGAUUACUUCUAUUAUGGAUGGAUGAGAAUCAAAUAAAAGCUGAAUCCAGCACGCGCAUUGUAAUUUGUGAGAAGGCUAAAAAGAUAUUUGAUGAAUUGAUAGACAAUAUACCGGCCACAUCGACACUCAAAGAAGAAGUGUUUAAGGCCAGCAAGGGUUGGUUCGAAAAUUUCAAAAAACGUUCCAAAAUUCAAGGCAUUGAGGAAGCAGCAAACUCCGAGAGUAACGUCGUCAAUGAUAUUAAUAGAAAGGAAGUACUGGCAUUUAGACUGGAAGAACCAAAAACUAAUCAACAGUUAGCGCUAGACAAGACGAAGCCUUGCAGCAUUGAAAUAGACACCAAUGAUGUCAAUCCAACGCAAAGUGGACAAUUUGAAAGCGUUUACUUGGGUAAAUUUGAGAUGCGAGAGGAUACGGAUGAAACCUUAAGUCAAAUGCCCGAUAACAAGGAUAACAACAACAAACACAAUGAGGAGAAACUUGCACUUGCCGUGCGUAAUGAAACUAAAGCCAAGGCAACGACCCCAAACCCAUCAAGUGUGGCAGCAGCAGCAACAACAGCCCCAAGUUGCAGCUCGGCGCAGACGGCAACAAAUUCGGAGAAGCAGCUGUUGUUGCCACAACAGUCAAGCAGCGAUGAUGAUGGCUUCUUUCUACAGUAUUUGGGGAACAAGUUUAGCAAAUAUACGCCGAACGCUAAGCACACCGUACAGUUUCAUAUUAAUCGCAUACUCUAUAAGGCCGAUAUGGGCUGCUAUGAUAAUAUCACUGAUGCUAGCAAGUUGCCCGAUGUAGAAUAAAUAAAUAA